UUUAAAUUAUCAAAUUUGAAUUUAACAGCUAUGAACAUUAAUAUUUAUAUUUAAAUUUUACUGAAAAUUCAAAAAUAUUUUAAGUAUGAAUUGAAUUUUUAAAACUCCAUGCCAACCCUGCCCGCUCACUCACCUCCACUUGUCUCACAUAUUGUGGCCACAUGUAUUUUGAUAAUCCAAAGAAAUGCUAUUUCAAGAAAAGUAAAAGGAAGCAAUAAAUUUGCUAAAAGCAGGCGAAAGAUAUUUAUUUGGGACUGCACUCACUCGGUCUAACAAAUAAAUCUUAGCAUCGUCACUUUACUGUGAAACAAGUAUAGAGACGAAGAAACAAAAUUUCACCGUGAAAAGCCACGUGUCAGGCAGAAAACAACUAUGAGUAAAGAAUCGACGGUGAUAUUCACACACAGUGCCACAGAAUCAUCACUUUCUUCUUUCCAUUACAAAAAAGAUCAGUCAUACACACACAUAUAUAUACGUACACGUGUUUCCCCCAAAUUUGAAAGCACGAGUAGUGUUAGGGUUAGGGUUAGGGUUUAAAUGGGAAGACGAAAGGUUGAAUUGAAGAAGAUCGAAGACAAGGCGAAUCGACAAGUGACAUUUUCGAAGCGACGGCCAGGAUUGAUCAAGAAGGCUAAGGAGCUUUCGAUUCUGUGCGAUGUGGAUGUUGCUGUGCAUAUUUUCACUAGCCGUGACAAGAUGUAUGAGUUCCACAGCGGUGAAAGCCUGCGGAAAAUCUAUGAUUACAUACGAGACAAACAGAGACCGGAAUUUGGAAUGGAAGCUCCUAGCACUAGUUUACAUAAAACACAAAAAAAUGAGAACAAGAUUGUUACAGAACCUAGAGCAGCUUCAACUAUUUCUGUGCAUCUUAACGAGAUCCAGAGGCAACUUGAGGAGCAAAAGGUGGAACAGUUAAAUAUGGCAGAGCUUAAUCGAAUGGAGCAACAGCUUGAAGAUCUAUUACGACGAACAAGAAGUACAAAGGAACAAGCGAUCAGGAAUUCAAUGUCUCUUAUUCACGAGAAGGAAAAAGGACAAAGUGAAGGAGCAGCAGCUAUUGAAGAACAGGCUUCCUAAAAUAACCAGAAGUAUGCUUUUACAUGCUCAGAUAAGUAUUAGUAGUAGGAAGAUGAGAUAUUGUUUGCUAACUAGUCUCUUUUACAUUAUGUUAUGGUGACCUCAGAUAAAUACUCGAGAUUGACCAUGACAGAUUGCACACAUCUUUUUGGGUCAGGUCUUCCACUACUACUGCUGCUCACGACUGAAUGACUGGAUAAACCGAUAAUUACAAUGAAGUCUAACUUAUGUCUUAUUUCUGUAAUAUAUUGAACAUAUAUAAAUAUAUUGCUGGGAACAUAUAGUAGCCAAUCUUGUGUAUCAAUUGGGAACAUUUGUUUUUUUUUUGCCAACUAAAAGAAUAUGGUUUUCUUCAUCUAGUGAGAAGUUCAUGGAUAAAGAGAAGGGGAAAAAAAUAUAUUAAUAUAAAAGUAAAAAGAAGAAGGGAGCCGUUGUUGAGGGUUAUAAAUGGAUUUAGAUAUGACUGGAUGCCGUGAAAGAAAUGAUAUUAUCCUAUGUGUUUAAUAUACAAAUCUAAACUUCUAUUAUUAUAUAUAUCCUUGCUCAUUCAACUAUAAAUUUAUGUGUAGAUUGUCAGGAUACAGACUUGCGGUCUCUUGUUAAAAGAAAAAAGAAAAGAAAGAAGACAUCUUGUGGGGAUACUAGGGCCACCCAGUGCUGUUUAGUGCAAAGAACAAGGAACCCUUUGGACUUGUACAUAUUUUCUCGGUUUGUGUUUCCUUGAAAAUCAUGGCUAUUUGUAAUUCAUGACAAAGUCCUUGGCUAAAAAGUGAGUUACUCCAACCACGUCCAUUUGUUGUCUAUAAUUUUAGUCAACCUUCUAUGGAUGACUAUAUUUCUCGGUUUGUGUUUCCUUGAAUAGAUCGGGUGUUUAAAUUGGCUAAUAUUCCACUAACAAGUAAAUUUAAGUAAAUAGGUACUCGUUUCCACUUAAAAUUUCUUACCCUGGGAUAUCCUCAGAAAUGCCUAUCAUAUCAAAGAUACGUACCCAGUGACCUAUUGAAAU